CGGUGUCGCCGCGUCCCGGCGCCGUUUCCUCCCACUUCCUUCCAGUGCUCCCAGUAAGAGCCGUACUGGGAGGGAAAGCACUCCCAGUUCCUUCCCGGUGCUCCCAGUAUCGUUCCCAGUGCCGCGCGAGGCGGGGCCGCAUUGGGAGACACCGCAGGGCAGAGCGCGGCUGCUUUUGGGUGUCGGCACCUGCCUGGGCCGAGCUGGGAGCGGAGGAGGAGCGGAGGAAGAGGAGGAACAGGAAGAGGAGGAAGAGAAGGAACAGAAGGAAGAGAAGCAGCGGGAGGAAGAGGAGCAGCAGAACCACGCAGUUUCCCCGCCCGCCCGCUCAGGGGCAGCUCCCCCGGCUCCAGCAGCAUCACCUAAUCCCCAUCCCCGGAACCCACAGGAUUUCCCAUUCCCAAACCUUGGCCGGAUAUAGGAGGAGGACAACGCGAGGAAGAUGGCCCAGGAGCCCCUGGCAGACAAGGAGCAGUGGACAGAGACCAGGAGGGACAAGUCUUUGCAGCAGAACCUCGUGGAAGAGGCUGUUUUGAGUGGCGCCACAGCUCAGGAAUUCAAUGGGGAGGAAAAGCCACGGAGAUCCUGCACAAAGACGGGCUGCAAACGCAGAUCACAGGGAUCCAAGGAAGAAAGACCCACCCUGGGCCAGGGAGGUGGCCAGAGUUUGGAACUGAGGGUCCAUGAGCAGGUCCACAGUGGGGAGAAGCCCUAUAGAUGUGGGGAAUGUGGGAAGAGCUUCAGCCGGAGCUCAACCCUGAUCCACCACCGGAGGAUCCACACUGGAGAAAGGCCCUAUGAGUGUGGGGAGUGUAGGAAGAGCUAUAGAAACAGCUUUGACCUGAUCAACCACCAGAGGAGCCACACGGGGGAACGGCCCUAUGAGUGUGGGGAAUGUGGGAAGAGCUUUCAGAGAAGCUCCAGUCUCCUGAAGCAUCAGUGGACGCACACAGGCGAGAGGCCCUACGAGUGUCUUGAGUGUGGGAAGAGGUUUCAGAGCAGCUCCAGGCUCCUCAGGCAUGAGCGGAUUCACACGGAUGAGAGGCCCUUUCGCUGCCCCGACUGUGGGAAGGGCUUCAAAAAUAACCCUGACCUCAUCACCCACCAGCGCAUCCACACUGGGGAGAGGCCCUAUGAGUGUCCCGAGUGUGGGAAGAGAUUCACCCAGAGGUCAAACCUCAUUGUCCACAAGAGGACCCACACUGGCGAGAGGCCCUAUGAAUGUGGGGAAUGUGGUAAGAGGUUCAGCCAGAGCUCAGAACUGAUGCAUCACAGGAGGAUGCACUCUGGGGAGAGGCCUUACAAGUGUGGUGAGUGUGGGAAGAGCUUCAGUCGGAGCUCCAACCUGAUCAUACACCAGAGGAGUCACACAGGGGAACGGCCCUAUGAGUGUGAGGAGUGCCGGAAGAGGUUUCAGACCAGCUCCGAUCUCCUCGUACAUCAGCGGAUUCACACAGAUGAGAGGCCCUUUCGCUGCCCCGAGUGUGGGAAGGGCUUCAAGCUCAACUCCACCCUCAUCACCCACCGGCGCAUCCACACUGGGGAGAGGCCUUUUGAGUGUCCCCAGUGUGGGAAGGGGUUCAAACAGAGGUCAGCCUUGAACCAACACCAACGGAGCAACCACUAAGGGAAGCCCUGCCAGUGCCCUGAGUGCAGGAAGAGCUUUGUGUGCUGCUCCAGCUCCAUCCCCCUUGGGAGGAUCCACACUGGAUGAUCCGUGUUGGGAAGGCAUCUGGCUGGCGUCUCUGCAUCCUCCUGGCUCCCUGUGGGCACCUGGUCACAUCUACAGACCAACAUCAGAAAUCCAUUGUGGACAGCGGAUUUGUUGACUCCUGACCCCAGAAAAAUCUCACUUUUUGCAUCUUCUGGUGGCAUCAAGAAACACUGGAUGUCCUUGUAGGUUUUCUCUAACAUAAAUCCAUUGUUUUAAUUUUCUCUGGCCCUUUGGCAUCUUCCACAUCCAAACGGGGAUGGAUUGGGGCAAAACCCAUGAUUCUGGAGACAGUGAGGUGGAAACCCCUCCAAAAAUGUUUUUUCCCACCCACCCAAGCAUGGGGAUGCUCUGCCAGCAGGGACACAUAAAUCCUUUUGUUUUGGCCUUGAAAUGAAAAGGUUUCUGUUAAUCUCUUUUUAUUUUUACCCCUGUUUCAGGGGUUUCAGACAUUGAACUAAGGCAUGGAUGGGGCCAUCCUGGGGACAGUGACAUGGGUGGGGCCAUGGUGGGACAUGGGGGACAUGACCAUGGAUGGAGACGUGGCCAUGGAUGGGGACAUGAGGGGACUUGGUUGGGGACAUGGACAUAGAUGGAGACAUGGCCAUGGAUGGGAACAUGGUAGGACGUGCACAUGUGAGGACACAGCCCUGGAUGGGGACAUGAGGGGACAUGAACAUGGAUGGUGACAUGAACUGGGACAGCGUCAGUGCCACCAGCACCUUCAUCUCAGCCAUGGCAAAGCACUGCCUGAUGCAGUUCCUACCACUACAUCAACACUUUCACCACCACAGUGUCCCAGCUAAAUAUCAUGCCCCACCAGGGCAGGAUGGGGAACUUGUUCAGCUGGUGACAAGUGGGCCAGACAUGAGUGGCAGCCACCAGAGUGUGCCAGGGCCACGGAGCUCAGGGGACACCAACUGCCCCUGGGGACAGAGCAAGGGUCAGUGUCACUCAUGGGGUCAUGUGGCCCCCUGCUGGGUGUCACUGGAGGCAUCCUGAUGGCAGCAUCCCCACAGGUGUGGCGACGUUGUCACUGGAUGCGUGUCCUGGUGGCAUCGUGUCCCCUCCUCUCCAUAUGUCCCCAUCCCCCACCAUGGCUCCCUGUCACCCUUCUGUGCGUUCCUGUCUGUCACCCUGAAAACUAAGCCUCCUGAUCUUGUUCUCAUAGUUUUAGCUACUUUCCCAGGAAAGUAACUAUGAACUAUAAACACAAACACAUUCCUUCUAAGAAACUUCUUUGAUGGACGUUUUGCAUGACCAGUGUGACUGGGAAGGUGGUAACUUAAUUAUCCAAUCCCUGGUCAUUGUUGAAAAUCUAUAAAUACUGGAGUCAAAAAAUAAAGUUUUUCUUGUCAUACCACUGAGACGUGUUUGUGUGAAUCAUUCCAUGUCCUUUAGCGACAUCUGUCCUGCCCCAUGUCUCCCUGUCCCCAUUGUGAGUCCCUGUCACCAUCUCCCCUAUGUGUCCCUGUCCCCUUCUG